AUUUCACAGGGUUUUCCGAAGAAGAAUUAGAAGUUUGCAGCAUUUCGGAACUGGUGAUGUCUGAUAUGGCUGUUGUUUUUCUGCUAAACCUUUAAGAGAUCUUGUACUGAUCAUGUCAGAAUUUCCACCUGCCUAAUACUAGCCUUUAAGAGAGGCGUUUGCAACCCCACUAUGGUUUAUAACACGGUGGGAUUCCCGGUCCUCAGGCACGUUUUGAAACCGAACCUCGACUCGGCACACGCUGCAUUCGGCUGGUUCGGGCUGUGCCGGAGGGGGAGACCGGGUACGAGCGAUCGCAGGCAAGUGCACGGUGAGGCGAGCCGUAGUAAGUUAGUGUGCUACGAGCUGCAGCACAGGGCCCUGCUGAAGGUGCAAGGACAGGACACUGCAGCCUUUCUGCAAGGUCUCAUGACGAAUGACAUCCAUCUGCUGACAGACGCCGGACAGGGAGCCCUGUAUGCGCAUAUGCUCAAUGUUCAGGGACGGACUCUUUUUGAUAUAAUGUUAUACAGUUUGAAGGAAGCGCAAGGCACGGAAACCAGGGUGUUACUGGAGUGUGACAGCACGCUGAGCGAGUCCGUCCAGAGACACCUAAAGAUGUACAAGAUCCGUCGGAAGGUGACCAUCAGCGCCUGCGCACAGCUGGUUCUGUGGGCUGUGCUGCCGCAGCACGGCUCGGAGGGCUCGGAGGAUGUAAGGCCGGAGCUGGUAUCCCCAGAGAACGCACUGGUGUUUCAGCGGGACCCCCGAACAGAAGCCAUGGGGUGGAGGCUGGUUGUGGAUCGGGAAGUGAGCCCUUUGGAAGUGAUGAAAUCCUGCCAGCAGGGGGAGCCAGAGGAGUAUCACAGACAUCGCUACGCCAUAGGUGUCCCGGAGGGUGCGAGGGACCUUCCCCCCGGAUCGCCCCUCCCACUGGAGGCCAACCUGGUCUACAUGCGGGGAGUCAGCUUCGCCAAAGGCUGCUACAUCGGCCAGGAGCUGACGGCGAGGACCCACCACACGGGCGUGGUGAGGAAGCGGCUCAUGCCCGUCUCCCUCACUGCGGCCGACGGCCAGAGCCCGCCAGAGGGGGCGCCGUUGGUCACACAGUCCGGCAAGCCGGCCGGGAGACAUCAGAGCACCCUGGGUGACCGAGGCCUCAGCCUGGUCCGGCUGGCACAUGCCAAGGAGCCCCUCAUGUUUAAGUCUCCCGACGACACCCUUGUGACCUUAGAGGCCUCUGUGCCGGACUGGUGGCCGAAGGACACAUUUUAACCGCUAAAAACGCUCCAUGCAGUAACCAAGGUGACAUCAGAUUUUGUUCAUGGUGUUUUUAAUCUCUCCUCUCUGCUUCCAUCCUCCUGCUGGUUCAAAUAAUAUUGGGGAAUUAUUUAAGUUAUACCAUUUUACAGUAAUGAGAAUAAAAAUGUACAUUAUCUUUUGAA